AUGAUAAGAAACUCAGAGGAACAUGUACUCCCCAGUGUUUCUGCAAUUGAAGAAUGUAAAAAUAAAAUCUCAAUGGACCUUUUCCUCCACCUUUCUAUCAUCCCAGCAGUCCUGAUUACAGGGGUCCUGUCAUUUCUUCAGAGACGAGCUAAGAGACUGGGCAUUGACCACAGACUGCCUUUUCUAAAUGGACGUUUUGGUAUUGUAGUGCCUUUGGACACAAUAGGCAGCCUUAGUAACCGCUGGUCCUAUGGCUUUGCAUUUGGUGCAGUGUCAAGCAGCGUUUUGCUGCUCUUCUCUGAGCGUUAUGUACCCUUUACAGUCCCACCAUGGGCCAGAGCAAUAGUGUACCUCAUCGGAGCUUUAGAAGUGGGUCUGGUGUAUUUCCCAUUUUUUGCCUGUCUGUCCACACCAUUCAGAAUGGCCGGGGCGAUCCUGGGAAUACUCUACUCAGCAGCCUGGAUCUUGGUAACAGUUUGGGAUACAGCUACAUGUCCUGGUGGAGAGGUUUUAGGUAAAUACCAGAAGGUAAUUUCACAGUGGCCCUGCAUCCUCUCACUUCUCUUCCUCCUGGGACGAUUUGUCUACAUAUUUGUUAAAGAUGUCCGCAUACGUCUUCAACUGGAAACAGAGAAUCUUGAGGAGCUGGUUGGUCUACACCAAGCGAAGCAUGUUAAGCGGCUACUGAGUAGAACACCUGAACACAGUGAAUCCCUCAACUGGUUGGAAAGACGAGUGUAUGAGUGGGACCCUUACUUCAAGUUUCCAAACCGGAUCAUUGGCACCGCCAUUAUAUCCCUUAUAGGCCUAUAUACGAUGACACUAGCAGACUAUAGCCUCAGUGAUGCUGCCUUUGACAGAAUGGAAGACUGGAAGAACAAUCUGAAAGAGGUCGUUACCUCUUGUAACCAAACACAAGCUUUGGGAUACAUGAUACCGCAACUUGAAGAGUUCAUUGACGUGGCCAGGAAGUCUUGGCUUGCCACCACCAUCUUUGCCAGUCUUAACUCUGUUGCAUACACUUUCCAUAUCUUGGCCUGUUACAGGAAACACAUAAAGAGACUGUGGAAGGGUCAGAAAGGGUUCCUUCCAGAGAGGUUCCAUGAUCCCAAGCCUGCUGUUAGUGUUGCUUCCAUUGCAAGAUACUCUGGAUGGCAAAUAGCUUUCACUUUAUGGGGCUACCUGAUUGUUCAUUUUGUCCACUUCUUGUUUGUGCUGCUGUUUGUCUACUUGCUGGUUCUUCCCAUACAGAAUGGAAAAGUACUGGCCAUGCUGUCAAACCUGGGACUCAUUCUUUUGACCAUUGGAAUAGUGGUCGCCUUGGUAAUCCUCCAGGUAGUUCUGGUUCAAAUCUUUUUUCUUCAAGACAAAAUGUCCCCCACAGAUAAGCAGAAACCUCUGGCUCUCAACAACAGAAAGGCCUUCCACUGCUUCAACUACUUCUUUUUUUACUACAAUGUGGUGAUGGGGAUCAGCACCUGCAUAAUACGCCUCCUGCUAAGCAUGGUGGUUGGAACAUGGCUGGUGUCCCGUAUUGACCGAACCAUAAUGCAGAGGGGAUAUGAAAACCUAGACGCUGGCUACAGCACAUGGAUAGGGAUGAUCUUUGCCGACCAUUAUCACAACAACCCAGUCAUGGUGUGUUUCUGCCAGCUUCUGGUUUCAGGCACAAUAGAAAAAAACAUUCCAACUACAUACUCCUCAUUUGACAACACUCAAUCAGCUUCUCCAGUCAACAGUCGAGCCAGAAGACGCUGGGCUUUGCUUUACACCUUGCUAAAGAACCCUCCUCUGAUCCUGUGUAGAAAACACAAUCUCUCCUCCAUAUCAUCACCCACCUACACAGCCACAGAGGUUCGGGCUUGGGUCAUGGCAUCACAAACUCAGAACCAGCAAAUGGCACCAAAAGCAAUACCAGAAAUCAUAGUUACAGGAGAGGAAGACUGUUAAAAAAAAGAAAAUAAAACAGUGGCUCAAAGGAAAUAUAAGCUGUUGAAUAAGUUGAAUUCUGUAACUUUCAUUUGUGGAAAAUUCACAGCUGUUUCCAGUCAUUUUAUUUCAUUUGUUGUUGUUUUUUUUUUUCCCUUUUUUCAUCUUCUAUGGUGGCAGUAAAAACACAAACUAGUUCUAGUACAGAAGACGACUUGGUCGAGUCAGCCUACUAAUUAGUUUUUUUAUCAUUAUUAACUUAGGAGAUGUAGUCAUAUAGAUUUUAUGCAUUUUGUUUUCUAGAAUGUAUAUGUUUACAUUCAUGUUGUUAAAAAUAUGUCUGCAUUGACA